UCAAAGAGCUUACCGCUCACCUGGACGCAGGCCCGCGCAUCUCGAAGUAUCCAGGUGUUCGGAGACCCAAGAGCUUGUACGUGGAGCUGGAGUUUCAGGAUGGGACCCUCCUGAUGUGGGGCUAGGCUUCGGGAUUCUCAGUGGACAGUAUACUAUAAACUCUCACAGUCCUCUGGCUCAUCCGUCUCUGCCACAGCCUACCUGGGGUGGGCCUGAUUUGGAACAGAGAGAAUGUGGGGGCUUCCGGCUGCUCUAGGUGGGGGCACACUGAAGGAAGAGUGUUGAUGAGGGUGUCUAGGGUUCAGAGGUCAGAGAUCAGGCUUGCGAGAAGUUGGGGAGGGGGCGUCGAAAGUCGAAGGGGUCAGCGAGUGACAGCUCAGGCAGGAUACCUAUGGGUAAGGGGCUCGAGGAAGGAGAAAUGCAACUGGCCUGGCAGAGUUCUUAGGGUACGGACCGUAACCCCAAGCUCGGGAAGAAGCAGCAAGAGGAGGAGGACGAAUGUAGUCUCUCGAGAGCGAGGAGACUGAAGAGAGACCGGAGAAGAGAAAAGUAAUUCCCUGAAUAUCGAUUCCUUGCGUUCGGCCGUCACUGUUGGUCAAUUAGCUGGGCUAUCCUCAGUUGUGACCCUAGAUCUUGGCAGCCCGAGGACAUGGCUUCUCCCUCUAGACAGCCUCCACUCGGGGGGUCAGGGCUGCUGCAUGGGAGCCGUGCUCGUUCUUAUGGAAGCCUGGUGCAGUCAUCCUCCUCCCCAGUGAGGGAAAGACGCCUGGAGCAUCAAUUGGAACCUGGAGACACCCUGGCUGGACUAGCACUCAAAUAUGGGGUGACGAUGGAACAGAUUAAGCGUACAAACCGCCUUUACACUAAUGACUCCAUCUUCCUGAAGAAAACGCUCUACAUCCCCAUCCUGACAGAGCCCAGAGACCUGUUCAACGGUUUGGAUUCCGAGGAGGAUAAUGAUGGGGAGGAAGAGGUGCGCCCAAGUAAAGAUGAUGUCGCUACACGUUCAGUGAAGAGGAAGACUCAAGAGUCAGGUGCAGGCCGGGCCAAUGGCGCAGCGCUCCCACCUCACCAGGAAACCUCCACCCCCAGCCACGACCUUUCUGCCUCUGACUUUCUGAAGAAGCUUGACUCACAGAUCAGCCUGUCAAAGAAGGCUGCUGCCCAGAAGCUGAGGAAAGGGGGAAGUGGGGUACCCGAGGAGGAUGCAGGUCUCUACCCCAGCUCCCCUCGGAUGCAGCAGCGAGCAGUCCUGGGUCCUGUGCCACUGACCCGGACAUCUCGGACCCAGACACUGCGGGACCAGGAAGAUGAAAUCUUCAAGCUCUGAUGUUUCCAGAACUAAAGAGAGAAGCAGGAUGUCUGAAGGAACAGCUUGAGGGGGAGAGGAGUCUGAGGUGAGGCUCAAGAGCAGAGUGUCCCAGCCUGCCUCACUCCUCUCCAGCCAUCUUGCCCAGCCUCUGUGUCAAGAUUUCCCCAGCUGGGGACACUUUUCAGCAAGAGUAGGGAAUGGGCCAAAUCUAGAGUUGUCCUUUAGAUUCAAAGGCCCUUCUAUGCCCUUGCUGUCCCUUCCACCAUUCCCUGGCCUUAGAGCAGGGAAGCAGAGACCCCACCCCACCUCAGUGAUGUUACCUAAUUUAUUUGGUGCUAUACUGAAGUAAUAUUUAUUUGCUAUAUCUAACUCCUUCCUCCUCUUAACUGAAGAAAUGGGGUUUCCACAUCACUGAAGAGAGGGGGAAACCCAGAAUAGUGAGUGGGGGGUGGCUGCUAGCCAAGCAUGUUCCCUAGGCCUGGAGGUGAGCAAAACAUACCACAGAGAAUGGCAGGUCGCGCUGAGCCUUUCCCCGCUCUCAAGGUCAAUUACUGGGGCUUGGCUGAGCAAUACCUACAAAUCUACAGCUCUUGGCUCUGAGAAACAGCCGUGGAGUAGGGUACUGACUGAGCGCUCUCUGCCACCACCUCACCCUUCUUCCUAUUCCUCUGCUCCACCAUGGUGGGGCUAGGGGCUAGAAGAAGGUGCCUUGGGGGUCAGAGGAGGACAGUUGCAAAAGUGUCUUAGUCACACAUCCCCAGCCUGCCUAGGUCACUUGGUAUUUAUCGGUAAUCUGUAGCCCUGAUCUCAGUACAGUUUGUCUUUUGUUCUUUAAGCUGAAGAAGUAGGCAUGGCAGCUCAGUAGUGCUGGGAGUCUGCCUGCCUCCUGCUCAGGAAUGGGGAAAGGAGAGAUGUGUUGUGUCUAGACCUCUCCUCUGUGUCCGGCCUGCGUGUGGAGCUAGAGAGAUUAAACAGUGAACCCUG